AUGCCUUUUUGGAAAGCAAACACCACUCAACGAUCUUCUCCUUCAAAAGUUCGAGCAGGCAAGGGUUCCCGAGUAGUAAAGUCUUUGCUUCCUGGUCUUUUUACUGCUUUCGCAGUCUCAGCUGUGGCGAUUACUUUAGCUGGGGAGGAGCCACAUCUGCUGGCCGAGGCCCCUCUUGAACCUGAAGUUCAUGAGGAGGAAGUCAUCGCGAAGAAGACAGUUUUCAAGCUAGAUGAAAUUCGCAAACAUGGCCCAGAUUCCGAUCGGCCAUGGAUCAUGAAAGGAAGCAAGGUGUACGAUAUCACAGACUGGAUUGAAUGUCACCCAGGUGGAAAAGUGGUCUUACGGGCAGCUGGAUCGGCAGUUGAGCCCUAUUGGGACAUAUUUACCAUCCACAAAAAGGAAGAUGUAUAUCAGGUUUUGGAGCAGUAUCUUAUUGGGCAUGUGGACCCGUCCGAUCUUGUUGAUGGAGAGGUACCCAAGAGCUCGAUCGAAGAUCCAUUUGCAAAUGAACCUGCUCGAGACCCUUCCCUGGUCACUUUGACAGAUCGACCAUGCAAUGCCGAGUCACCACUGUCCGAAUUAACAUCUUUCAUCACCAAGACGGCCGUAUUUUAUGUUCGACACCACUUUUGGGUUCCAUUAGUUGGAAAAGAUUCAUAUAGAAUGACCAUCGAUAUCGGAGACGGGUCUGAUGAAAAGAUCUACACGCUUGAUGAUCUACGGAGCAAGUUCCCACAGCAUACCAUCACUGCUACCCUGCAAUGCUCAGGUAAUAGACGUGCGCAUAUGAACAAAGGCUCUGGACGUGAUACGAGUGGCCUUAAAUGGGGAGCGGGCGCUAUUAGCAAUGCAGAGUGGCGUGGUCCUCUUCUUCGUGACGUACUUAUGGACGCAGGACUGGAUAUUGCAAAGCUAUCAGAGGAUUUACAACAUGUUGAAUUCUAUGGUGAGGACACAUACAGUACAUCUGUACCACUGGACAAAGUUCUUGAUCCACGGCAAGACGUGUUACUUGCAUGCGAGAUGAAUCGAGAAGUUAUAUCCCCAGAUCAUGGGUAUCCAGUUAGAGUGCUGGUACCCGGGAGCACUGCAGCACGUAGCGUGAAAUGGGUCAGCCGUAUCUCCAUAUUGGAGGACGAGAGUCAGUCACAAUGGCAGCAGCGAGACUAUAAAGGAUUUGGACCUAAUGAGAUGCGUGAAACCGUUGAUUGGGACAAUGCUCCUUGUAUCCAAGACACACCCGUGCAAUCGGCAAUCACAGGCAUCCGACCAGAUAAGUGCACUGACGGCUCCGAUUCGAUAGUAUUAGAGGGUUAUGCAUUUUCGGGGGGAGGGCGCAAAGUCGUCCGCGUUGACAUCAGCCUUGAUAAUGGCCAAACCUGGAGUCAAGCUAAGCUCAUGCCAGAUAUCCCCAAGGGCCACAAGUCAUGGAGCUGGUCUUUAUGGACAUACCAGUGCCUCCGACCUCCCGCUGGAAGCUACGUCGUCGUCAAGGCCGUUGACGAGGCAUACAAUUCUCAGCCCGAUUCCCAUGGACCAAUUUGGAAUUUUCGUGGGGUUUUAGCAAAUGCGUGGCAUCGUGUCCGGAUUGAAAGUAUCGGAUAA